AUGCAUGUAGCCAAAAAACGUUUUGUUUCUCAGGGCAUCAAGUUGUCAGCAGAGGUCAAACCAUUUGUUCCAAAACAUGCGGCGGUAACUGUGGCAUGGUCAGAACCUUCAGAAGCAUGUGUCUUUCCUAGGUACUUAACUACAUGCUACCCAUUUGUUCAGGAACCAUCUUUGGAUAAUGUUCUGGGAGAUCCUGCCUUCCGUGAAUACUCCAGCUGCUCUUACUCACCUGAUGUUGUUCCAAAUGUACACCCAGUAGCUGGCUUACAAUAUCAUUUUAACAACUCGACACACUAUAAUGGUUCAGGAGUAGUCAGUGAAUCUGCUGAGCAAACGUAUCCAAUCAGACAAGAAAGUAAGAAUCUUUCAAAGCAGAGGAGAUCGAAAGGAGGUGAGAAAAAAUUAGACAAGAAAAGGCAUGAUGGAGAUGACUCUUCUGUCAGAAUUAUGAACAGGACUUCGUUCCACACCUCUGCAUGUAGCAGAGAUUCCAUGAAGCCAGACAGGUUCAAUAAAACUGCAAACAAGAAGUCAACUCAAACUCCAAAAACAGAGUCUCUUCCUGUACCAGCAUUUGAAGCUACCGUUCUGGAUUUCCACAAGUCACAGAGUUUGGGAAGCAAUGAGAUAUUGAAUGUGCAGCGUAAAAGUGGACCAGAAGAUAUUUCUGCGGAAAACAAAGCUUCAUCAAAAACUUUACAUGAAACAGUAACCAGCUUAAUUUCUUCUCCAUUUGAUGGUAGAGAUGGCUCUGCUCAGCCACGCGUGUCUUGGGCCACGGUACUUUCACAGCCCCCAAAGAAAAUUGUGUCGUCACCAGCAUCUGAAGGUCUUUCUAGAAGCAAAGGGAAGCAGGACAGUGAAGCAAAGCCAUCAGAAACAAAAAAUGACGCUAGUGAAACUGAGCCUGAAGAAGGGUCAGAAAGGAAGAAGAAAAAGAAGAAAAAGAAGAAAAAAACAAAGUCACCCACUGAUGUAGAGAAACCUCAAAAUGAAUCUACAACAAUGCAGGAACCACCGAGGAUUGAAGAUGCUGAUGAGUUUCCUGAUCUGGCAGCUGCUUCUGAUAGGAGAAGCAGACUAGGAUCUCAGAAAUCAUCAUUUACUCCUGCUGUCAGAAAGCAGCCUGAAAUCCAUCUCCCUGGAGAGCCUUGGGAUAGUCGAUCUCUCACACUGGAUGGAACUCCCAGGGUGGAUGUGCUGUCAGGGAAGCCUGCUUCGUCUUCUGUAUCUGAAAGAAAGAAAAUGCAGGAAACGUCCAGGAGCAGUGGGAAGAAGAGUCAAAUUCCCGUGCAAUUGGAUUUGGGUGGCAUGCUGGCAGUCUUGGAGCAGAAGCAGCAAACAGAGAAGUCAAAACAGUCUUCUAAACCUGUGGUGUUUUCAG